GCUGACAUGCCGGCCGCCCGCGCCGCCCGCCUCUGCGCCCUGCUGCCCGCGCUCGCGCUCCUCGGCCGGGGUGAUUCUGAGUUAUCAGAAGAACUGUCAGGAGACACAUCCUGGCCACCUGAAAGACAAGAUGGAGAGACAACUUCAAGCGCGUCUUCUGCGGUGACCACGGUAGCAUUAACUGCAGAUACGAAUUCCACCACAAUCGCUGAGGAUGCAAUUCAGUUAGAUCUUAUAUUAAUGGUUGUGAUCCCAUUGAUGUUAUUGGUCUUCCUACUUAUAUCAAUGGUACUCUUUGUAGCAUACUAUAAAAAAAAAAGAACUAAAAAAGAGCCUUCUAGCCAAGGAUCUCAGAGUGCUCUACAGACAUAUGAGCUGGGAAGUGAGAGCCUGAGAGUCCCCAUUUUUGAAGAAGACACACCCUCUGUUAUGGAAAUAGAAAUGGAAGAGCUAGAUAAAUGGAUGAACAGCAUGAACAGAAAUGCCGACUGCGAAUGUUUACCUACUUUGAAGGAAGAGAAGGAAUCAAACCACAACUCAAGAUGCCUGACGACUGAAUUCUAAAUGACACCGAGAAGGCACCUCUGGAUCCUCCGUAGUGAUAAUGAAUCCUAAAGCUGCACAGUUACUGAUGUCUUCCAAGAGAAGCAGCCCUGAGGGAGCCUGCUGGGCCAACAGAGGAUGAAGAGGAGACGAAUUUAAUUAAUUUCAAAUCAACGUAGACACAAGGACCUUUUGCUGUUUCUUCCAACGCCCACUCUUCCUAAUGAUGGCCUCACCUGUCCUGGGAGGAGGGUGUGGCCGAGGAGCACUGGGAGGAGGCCUGGCUGCCGUCCACGCCUGCCUGCGAGGUGGGGGAGGAGCCUAUGACGUUCUCCCUCCUCUCUGUCCACGGCCAGUGCGCUGGGCCAGCUGUGGCCAGGCUAAGUCCCUGUUACCUUUCCCUUCAUUCCCGUGGUUUACAUCAGGAAGCUGUGUUAUCUGUGCUUUCUUUCUGGGCCACCUUAUUACCUAACUAGCUUUGGAUAAUUUCCUCAGACUAUUCAAGUUCUCUGACAGGUAAAUUAUAGUCAGCUGGGACUUUUCUCAAGGGGUGUUAUGUCACAGACAGGACACCCAACAAAGCAAGUGUCUCAAUGUCUACGCCUUCCCAGAGGGGUGGUGAGCUCCACUGGCCAACGUGACGCAGCCAGAGGGUCCACUGUCCCGAUGAGAUGUUGUUUGGGGACCUGUAGACCCAGAUCAGCCAGGUCCAGUCACCCUCGGGAACUUUGAAUCUUCCAUGAAAGAACAAAUGUUUUCCUCAUCUGAACUCACCUCUACUUGUCAACAUCUCUCCAAAGCUCUUUCUUGUUUCUCCACGCCUCACUGGCGGGUGACAUGUAGGGAGGGAGUGUGUGCAGGGGUGUCAUCUGUCACCUCUCUGUGUCUCAGAGAUCUCUAAGGUGGUUUGACACAAACAGAAGAGGAACAGGAAAUAUCUGUGCCUGUGGCAGAUGUCACUCACUGUGCUCAGCAUUCUUUCCUGCCAAACUGGGACAAGCCUCAUGUCCUCAAACAGCACUCCAGGAGGUCACCAUCAGGCCAUCAGCAAGUGGUGACAUCCUGUGUGAUAUUGGUUGACAUCCUCAUGCUAAAAGCAAUGGCGCCAAGUGCGGAAGGGCCCAUUGCCCACUCCCACUCACAUAAAAUCAAUCUCCACGUAAUCCUUAAUUGUCUAAUUGGGAACUUUAAAGCCAUCUAGCAAAUUGGGAGUCCUUAGCUCUCCUAGGACACCUGAUAUUUUAUUCCAGGACAGAAACAAAGAAGGAAAACUAUUUAUUUUACUACCCACAUAUAACCUGAGGGGAUAUGGGGUUAAAAAAACAUUUGCUGCUAAACUGGGGGUCCUGUGUAUGAAAGUCUGCCUUAAUACAUAAGAAAAAAUUGCCCCACUUUUUAGGAUCCCCUAAACAAGCGUUUGCCUUCUGAACUAUGCCGAUCAUUUUAAGGGCAGAGUUCUAAACCAGAGAGGCCUUUCUAUAUGAUGAAAGAUGUAACUGGUUGUGAUAACCACUGCUAUCAUGCUAUCCUGGGACAGCACAGAGUGGAGACAAAAGACUCUUCAUAGCAUUUAAUCUCAACAGAUUUGUCUGUCAUAUUCUCGUCAGCACAUGCGAAGAUGGCUUUGUGUUUUCGUUGCUAUCGCGCAUGCUCAUAUUCGACCUGUAGUCCACAGCUGACUCUCAGAUAUUUAUGCCAAAAGCACUGUUUUCUGAGUCAUGACUUGUCUGUUUUUCUGCUAUGUUUGCUACUUUCAGUUUGUUUCUCAUCAGCAUUUUGACUCUCAGAAGAGGCUCCGUGUCCUUUUUCUCUCUAGGAAAGGGAACAUUGAGGCCUUCAAAUUCGAUCCAACCCUAUCAAAUACUGAACUUCACAAGUUCAGAGAAGUAUACGGGGUCCUGGAAUCUUACUCUGAUGAAGCUAUUCUUUCUGACAUGAUAAAAAAUAUUCUCGUUCAGUAAUUUAAAUAAUUUGAAAUCUCAGAAGAAGCAAAUUUCAGCAACGUGUCAUUGAGUUUCUAUCUGACCAAUCCUUUAAUUGCACAGUGUACAUGGCACUUUUUAAAAAGAGAGUAUAUUCUGGCAAGAUAAUAUGAAGUCAGUGUGAGUCAAAACAGUCAAGCAUCAAUUCUAGCACCCUGUGUCUUCUGAUUGAUAUUCAGUCAAUAGGCAUCGUGUAUUUAUGACAAGUUAAAGAGUUGCUUUCAAGCCCAAACUUAAUUUUAUGUUUCAGAUUAUUGCUACUUUUUUUAAAAAAAAAAUCUCAUUAGUUUGCCCUAAUUGGAUAGCCAAUCAGAGCAAAAUCUGACUUUAGAAUAUUUUAAAGAUCUGUAAGUUGUACUGCAUUUUUGUGCAUCUUAAGCAAACUAGGUGAACACCAUUGCCCAGUUGAACUCCUCAGGAAACUCGUUUUAAUAAAUACGUAAAAAUAUCCA